AUGGCAUCUUCUGCGCCGUCACCGAAAUCGAUCCUCCGCGGUCACAAAUCACAAGUGCACGCCGCACUCAUUGUGUGGAAGCUUGGCGAGGCGGAUGAGGAACGUCUCAGCAAGGCGCUACCGGUGGAGGAUGUUGCAGAGCCUAGGGCGCAGCCUUGGAUGCUUCAUCUUCUUGAAGUGAAUACCCUCAACUUUUGCGCUUUUGCCGCUACUUCUACCGCGCCCGGUUCUUUCGACGCCGCUUCUGAGAUUUUCAUCGCCGUGCCCAACACUUUGGCCUCUGACGCUAUUGACAUAUAUACAUUACCGUCGCAAAUGCGGGUGCAUACUCUCAAGGCCAAGGAUAAGACGGGCAUGGCCAUGUGUCUUGCUCUCCUCCAUCACAACGACGCUCUCACACUCAUCGCCGCGUUCGAGAAUGGAUACACCACCGUUCAACGUCUCGAGUCCGAUGGUCAAUGGACGACGACAUACCACUCCCAAGCUCAUUCGCAACCUGUUUUAUCCUUGAGCGUGUACCAAGAUUACUUUAUCACUUCCAGCGCAGAUUCCAUCAUCGCCAAGCAUCCCAUUCCAUCAGACCUCUUUUUCCCCAUCGAGAACACCGAACCACAAAACAGCACUGAACGAGUCGUUGAAAUCAUAGACGAGGAACCUAAAGCUCCCAAGUCUCUUUUAUCAGCGGCCCUAAAAGGCUCACCCUCACAGAGGGAGUCGGCUCCGCCUCGAAAAGGUGUUCCCUGGAAAGAUCCUCUCAAAACCAUCAACACCAAGCAUUCCGGCCAGCAGAGUCUCUCCAUACGCUCCGACGGAAAGAUAUUCGCCACGGCAGGCUGGGACUCCAAGGUUCGGGUGUAUUCAGCCAAGACGAUGAAGGAGCUAGCAGUGUUGAAAUGGCAUCAAGUAGGAUGCUAUGCCGUUGCUUUUGCUGAUGUUACCAUUUCGGAAGCAAAAGAGAAGGAGAAUCAACAAGCAGAUGAGCCAGAAAGCCAAAACCAAAGUAUCGUGAGUAAAAGAACCGGUUCUCUCAUUCGAACGGGUCUCAGUGUCAAGGACCAGCGAAUAGCCACGGCAAGAAAAACGCAUUGGAUUGCAGCUGGUGCCAAAGACGGCAAAAUCAGCCUAUGGGACAUAUAUUGA